GAUGUGAAGUAAAAUGUGCUGCCACUUAAUUGAUAAAACUAUGUUCAAAGAGCAGCUAGUGUUUUCCUAACUAAUGUUCAUGUUAAUGUUUGGGCUUGAAGAAGUUGCCAUUUAUUCAUCCUUUUGUUCAGUAAAUAGUUAUCGAGCAUCCUCUUUAUGCCAUUGCUUUAUGGAAAGCACUGGACAUCAAGUAGGGAACAGGAUGCAGGAUCCAUACUUUGCUAGAGGUUAUAGUCAAGUGAGUGGAGUUUACUGCCAAGUAGGACAGACAAAAUAAUACAUUGAGAAGACAUGAACUUAAUAAAGAAUGGGAAUUCUGAAAGUGAUCUGAAUGGAAGUAAGUUUAAACAGGAGGCUCAAAUUGUUACAAGGAUAGGGAAAUUGUGAAAAUAGCAUGGACAUUUCAGGUAUGAGGAUGGCAAAUAGAGUGUCUUAGAAACAUAAGUACCAAACUAUACUUUCAUUUCAAAUUUGAAACUAUGCUAUCCUGUGGAUUCCUUAUCAAGUUAGGAGUAGUAAGAAAUUGAUAUUUGUGGAAGUGUUUUAGAGAAAUGCAUGUGUAUAUAGCACACGAAACUGUUAUAGUAGGUAGUCAAGGAAACAUGAGCAGGGCAGGAGAGGGCACCCGCCCCACCACCAGGAAUGUUAGGCCACCACCAUCCGGUGAUGGUCAGGUGGUGGUUAAACUGCCUCUGAAAUAAUAAUCGGUUGCAGACAGCACCAGGGAAAGGCAGUCUCUCAACAAAUAGAAACAACUGAAACUGGUGAUCCACAGCUUUUGAUAAGAUCUCAGGAGCUGGGUGAGUGAGGUCACGUAGGCACACUAAGAGGCAAAAUGGCAGAGUUUAACUGGUAUAUGACAUUAUAAGAACACUCAACCGGUAAGAGAAAAAUGCCUCAAUAAGCAUGUGCACAUCAGUAAGCACGCUGUGCAUGCAGCCCCUCCCAAGGGUUGACAGUUCACUGCACAUGUGGACAAAGAAGAAUCCAAAGGAAGAAUCAGGGAGAAGAGAUGAGAGAAGAUCCCAAAGGAUAACCAUGUAUAAAAAAAACCCCACGUAGCAUUUUGAGGUAGACCCGGUUGUAGCUGUUAUGGAUCUCGAUCUGCACGCAUCUGCUCCUAACUCACUGCUGUUUGCUGUCCCUGAGGAACAAGUCAGUCAGGAAGCCGCCUCAGCCAUGGCUUUUAAGGAUACUGGAAAAACACCCGUGGAGUCAAAGGUGGCAAUUCACUGAAUUUGAAUUACUCCAAGGAGCCACAAUGUAAAAUCCGUGGAGAAGGCGUGUGCUGACUUGAUCAGAGGAGCAAAGGAAAAGAAUCUCAAAGUGAAAGGACCAGUUGGAAUGCCUCCCAAAUCUUUGAGAAUCACUACAAGAAAAACUCCUUGUGGUGAAGGUUCUAAGACAUGGAAUCAUUUCCAAAUGAGUAUCCACAAGGGACUCAUUGAUUUGCACCAUCCUUCUGAGAUUGUUAAGCAGAUUACUUCCAUCAGGAUUGAGCCAGGAGUUAAGGUGGAAGUCAACAUUGCAGAUACUGAAGUCAACUAUAUUAAUAAAUUGAUUACCAGUUUUCAAAAAAAAAAACAUCAAUGGUGA